GUUCCCGAUCCUCGGCGCGAGUGCGUAGCAAACCCACCGCCAAACGUAUCAAGAUCAUCAACCCCACAAAGAAGACCAAAAGUUCGGUACAAGAAAGUGAUGACGAAAUAACCGACGCGAAGAAACCUGCACGCUCGGCAGCGGACAGUGGUGAGGAAUUAAGCGACGAUGACGAAUCACGCGAAGAAGAAGUGGUCGAGGAAGAGGAGGAAGAGGUGGGUUAG